UUCUUCAUAUAGAAGAGAGAAGCCACAAUCAAUAUCUACAUCAACAAAGAAAUCAUUUCCCUAAUGGAAACAAUUGUUAAAUUUUGUUUCACUCUCCUUCUCCUUACACUUCUCACCAAAGGUAUUUGGAGUUGUGGUUUGAACAAUAUAACAAUUGGAACAAUAAGGAGUGGUGUAGAAAUAAAGGGAAUGCCAGAAUGGAAUGUGGUUGUGGUGAACAAUUGUGAUUGCCCCAUGCAAAAAUUGGUAUUGUCUUGCUAUGACUUUAAGACAACAGAGCCAGUGGAUCCAACUAUUUUCAAGCCUUUGGGAAACAAUGCAUGUAGUGUCAACAAUGGCAAUGCCAUAAAAGGAAAGGAUACUAUCAAGUUUUCUUAUGCUUGGGAUCCUCCUUUUUUUCUUAGGCCAACUUCUGUUAAUGCUACAUGUUGAAACUAUAAUUUACUAUAUA